ACUUUUGGAAAACUUGAUAUGUGAGAUUGUAUUUCGCUUGAGAAUUGGCCGGUAGGGAGUGAUUAUUGGUUUUAUUGAGUGUAUGAGGUACAUCCUCAUCCAUCAAGUCUUCGUCUUCUGACGACAUGUUUCACUAAGAGUCAAAUUUACUAUUUUGCAUGGGAAUUGGGGACCUUCUUUGUGUGUUCUUCGGUGAUCCGGAAUUGAUGGAAGCUGGUAACAUUAAGAAAAACAACACCAACAGCAGAAGAAGCACAAUAACAAAUGCGUUAGAUUUGACAGUACACAUCGGCUCUGGGUGUGUGUGAGUGUUCUUCCCCUUCCACAUUUUAGAACAAACAUCGAUCUGUCAAACGGUUUUUUUAAGGUCGCUUUGUUUUGACGUUUUCCUGUCACAACAAUCUAUGUACCAUAAUCGGCAUAAACGGCAUACCUACUCGAUCGACAAACAGUAAACACAAAAAUUUCUUUCAAUUCAAUUUCCAUUUGCCACGAUCGCCACACUCUCCCAACAUGUCGUCGGACGAUGAAGACAUGGAUGCUGAAGCAGCAGAUUCAUUCAAUAAGACAACCUAUCAAGCUCUACCGCCCGUAUCGCAAGCGAAAUACCAAAAUGCAUACCAGGUGUUCCAGAAGUGGAACAAAUCCAAUGGAUGGUGUGCCAUUUCAGAAGAUCUGCUGAUGAAAUAUUUUGUUGAACUGAAUGCCAAGAGCAAACCAUCCACAUUGUUUGCCAUUUUUUCCAUGCUGAAGGCCACAUUCCGGAUAAAUGAUGACAUUGACAUCGCCAAGUACUCCAAACUGAUUGAAUACAUCAAAGGCAGAAAUGCUAGCUACAAACCGGCGAAGGCGAAAAUCUUCACCGACGAAGAGAUCGAAAGAUUUGUGAACGAAGCGCCCGAUGAUAGAUGGCUUGAUGUGAAGGUGGUCUGCAUAUUCGGCGUCAGUGGUGUUUCCAGUUCGAAGAAACUUGUCAACGUAAUGGUCGAGCACGUUAAACGGUACGAUGAUCUGAUUUUGGUGACCAUACCCAGAACGGACACGACACCACAGGGUACAUUUACAAUCACUGGAACGUACUUCAAUAUCGUACAGAAAUACGCCAAUUUGCGACAUGAGAAACCAGUUUCGAAUCGCUUCUUUUUGGCCUACAACGACGGCAAGUGUUCAUCACAGCCAAUCGGAAAAAACAAAUUCAGCGGAAUGCCUCGUAGAGUCGCUAUGUAUCUGAAAUUAUCAGAACCGAGACGGUAUUCAGCGUCAUUUUCAUUCCGAAGAAAUACGCCCAAUCUGUAUGGCAAUUCCAACGCUUGGAAUCAGAUUACUGCCACCGAGCAAUCUUCGGACACUGUCGAAUUAGACUCUCAAACCGGACACCUAAAACAAACGACCACAUUCAGCUUCGCACGGCCGCCUCUUCCUCCACCUCAACCGGCUGUUGUUAGAAACACGCGGUCAACAAAUGGUAACAUGAAUGGCAAUGAAACUGCACAUGUAUGCUCCCUUAGCUGCGGUGAAGCGAAAUGUGCCUUGGACGAAAAUGAGAAAAGUAUUUUGCACACGUUCAAUCUGAUGAAACCAUCGGAAUUCUCCAUCACAGACGUAACACCUGCGGUAUAUGCAUCGGAGCCAGCUUGCAGAUGGAUUGUAGCAUAUGUGCAUAACAACGAAGCGGUCUCAGCUUUCAAUGCCGAUGAUACGUUCGAAGAUAUAACCAGAUCGAUACCGAGCAACGUCCGAAUAAAUCAAAAAUACAUUCGCGGAAGCACGUCACAGGUGUCCGCGGCCUAUGUGGUUGUGUACGGUGUAAAUUGCAGGUGUCAGAAGGAGCCUACAGAUGUUUGUAGUUAUUCAGGGAACGAUGUAAAAACUGAGUUUUAGAAUUGGUAAGGCGAAAUAAACAGGAGAAAUGAACUUGCUCCAAGAA